UGGAACAAAAACAAGAUCACGGCCGGCGGGUGGUCAUUCGGAUUCUCGGACAGCUUGAGACUACACUUAAAUAGCAGUGCGAUAUUUUUAUAAAACACGUGAAGUAAAUAUUUAAAAAUAUUUUCAAUUCGGACAACUUCAAAGUUGCAUUAGAGUGAAGUAUUUUGAUAUUAGUUACUACUGUUGAACUGUAAAAUGGUGUCGAAGAUCUUAAUUAUUGCCUUGAUUGUUGGGACCGCCAGUGCGGCGACUUGGAUGGGCAUGCCUCCAAAGAAACCUGCAGAACUGGCUCACAAAAGCGGUUGUUACGUUGAAGAAAUAAACGACGUUAUCCCCUUUGGUGACACUGUCUCGCCUAUUGGCGUGUGUUACAGCAUCUCCUGUGGAAGAGUCAUGGACUAUGCAUCGUGCGGUAUUGUAGCGACUGAUGAUCCCCACUGCUACGUGACUGAUGAAGACUUAAGUAAACCCUACCCACAUUGCUGUCCUGAUGUCAAAUGUGAUGUUGACAACAAUUUAUUUUAGACUUAACUAUUUAUAAUUUUAGGUUUAGUUUCCAACCGUGUUAGAAUCUUGGCGUUAGUUUUGUAAAAGGUGAAUAAAGUAAGUUUGUGAUUUGAUGAAAUUGUUGUGUGCCAUAUUUUAAUUAGUGCCAAUAAUAUAUUUAUUGAUAAUAAUAUAUUUGAUGUGUUGAAGUUUGAAGUGGAUUUAGGAUAAGCGUUUGACGACGCAAAGAAAAUAAUUUUCGACAAAGUGACGAUAUUGUGUGGAUUUAUUUCCAACAACGCCAUGAUUUUAACAGGGGGAUAUCUAGAGUCAUUGUAAAAUGACGAAUAGAUGGAGUUCCUUUUCAAAGAGUUUUAUACUCUAGAAGCUAUCUUGCCACCAAAUUGUUAAUUUAAUUUGUUUUUAUUAAAUUAGAAAUAACUAUAAAA